AUGGGCACGGAUUUGGAGGCGGAGCAGCUGCUGGGGUCCAGGAGGGAGGCGAGGCGCUUCGCGCGCGUCGUCAAGCUCCUCCUCGCCUUCAUGUUCGUAGCCAUCGGGCUCGACUACGUGCUCUCGCGUUCCAACGAUCCCGACGUAAGACGAGCCCAGGAGAAGCGGGGAGUGCGGGGUAGGAUCCACAGGGUGGAGCACAGACUGGAGGACGCGUGGGAGGAAAGGUACGCCCGUCACGCCGUCCUCGACGAGGACGGCGAGGGAAGACGACGGCGGACGCGACACAAGCCUUAG